AUGACCAGAUACUUUGCUUGUCUGUACAUACAGCGUCGCCUUGCAAGUUCCGGCGCGCGGAAAAGGGAAGUGCAACAGGUAAACCGGGAGAGAGAACGGUUGCAUUGGGAGAGUGAAAAAAAUGCUCGUAAACAAGUAGAAGAAGUACUUGUUGCCGGAAGCAGAGCAGUGGUGGCGAGGACGUCAGCAUCUGAAAGCGCUACGAACCUUGCCAACUGCUUCAACAACUUUAUAGCGGACGGCGCCAAUGGGGACUUUGCUGCUCUGGCAACUAGCAUUGCAGAAUUCACGGUAGCCACGGCAGGCUCCAAGGACGCCCAAGACUUCUUAUGCGCUCUAAAGGACCUAACUGGAACCGAAGAAGAAAUGACGGACAAAGUCAUAGACCUCAACAUUCAUCUGCAGCGUUUGUUCGCGAACCAAACCCUAACUUGA